AUGAAGCUCCUCGUCGCAGACCAGGCGCCAAAACGCAUCAAGCACAUCCAGUUCUCGGUCCUGUCGUCCCGCGAGGCCGUCGCCAUCGCCGAGUUUGAGGCCAACCAGCGCGACCUGUACACGCCCGGCGACCGCCGACCUGUCGAGCAUGGUGUCCUCGACAAGCGGCUCGGCACGAGCGACAAGAGCGGCAAGUGCGAGACGUGCGGGCUCAGCCUCGCAGACUGCGUCGGCCACUACGCCUACAUCAAGCUCGUCCUGCCUUGCUUCCACAUCGGCUACUUCAAGCACGUCCUCGGCAUCCUCCAGUGCAUCUGCAAGACAUGUUCGCGCAUCCUCCUCGACUCGGCGCAGCACCGCAAGUUCCUCGCCCUGUUCCGCCGUCCCAACAUCGACUCCCUCACCCUCGCCGCCUACUCGAAGCAGCUCGCGGCCCUGUGCCGCAAGUGCACGUCGUGCCCGCAUUGCGGCGCCAUCAACGGCGUCGUCAAGAAGAUCGGCGCGAUGCGCAUCGGGCACGAGAAGUGGCGCGGGCGCAACCUCAAGAAGGACGCCGGCGGGCGCGACGGCGCCGAGGGCAAGGGCAACCACCAGGCGUGGAAGGCGAGCUUCGAGGAGGCGAUCCGCGAGGACAAGCAGCUCGAGGCGCACGUCGACAAGGCGAUCGAGGACCUGAACCCGCUCAAGACGCUGUCGCUGUUCCGCAAGGUGACGAGCGCCGACUGCGAGCUGCUCGGCCUCGACCCGACCGCCGGCCGACCAGAAGAGUUCCUGUGGCAGUACAUCUCGGUGCCGCCUGUCUGCAUCCGGCCGAGCGUGUCGCAGGAGGCAGCGACCAACGAGGACGACCUGACCGUCAAGCUCACUGAGAUCGUCUUCAUGAACGCCGUCAUCAAGACGGGCCUGGCCAAGGGCGUCACGACGCAGAACCUGAUGGAGCAAUGGGAGUUCCUCCAGCUCGCGGUCGCGACCUACAUCAACUCGGAGCUGCCCGGCAUCCCCAAAGAGAUCGGCGCAAAACCGAUGCGGGGCCUGUGUCAGCGUCUCAAGGGCAAGCAGGGUCGGUUCCGCGGCAACCUGUCGGGCAAGCGCGUCGACUUCUCGGGCCGCACCGUCAUCUCGCCAGAUCCCAACCUCAUGAUCGACCAGGUCGCCGUCCCUGAGCGCGUCGCCAAGGUCCUCACUUACCCGGAGCGGGUCACGGCGCACAACAUCGAGCGGCUACGAGCGGCGGUCCGCAACGGCACCGAGCAGCACCCGGGCGCCAACUUCAUCAACCAGGGCGGCGACGCCGGGCUCAAGAAGUUCCUCAAGUUUGGCGACCGCAACUACAUGGCCGACAAGCUGCGCGUCGGUGACGUCGUCGAGCGCCACCUUCGCGACGACGACAUCGUCCUGUUCAACCGUCAGCCGUCGCUCCACCGCCUGUCGAUCCUGUCGCACCGCGUCAAGGUCCGCCCGUGGCGCACGUUCCGCCUCAACGAGUGUGUCUGCACGCCGUACAACGCCGACUUUGACGGCGACGAGAUGAACCUGCACGUGCCGCAGACCGAGGAGGCGCGCAUGGAGGCGUUCCAGCUGAUGAACAUCAAGCGCAACCUCGUCACGCCGCGCAACGGCGAGCCCAUCAUCGCGGCGACGCAGGACUUUAUCACGGGCUGCUACCUCAUCACCCGGCGCGACACGUUCUUCAACCGCCAGGAGUUUGUCCAGGCGUGCGCGUACCUGCAAGACGCCGAGCUCGAGGUCGACCUGCCGCCGCCGACCAUCUGGAAGCCCGAGCGCCUGUGGACGGGCAAGCAGGUGUUCAGCGUCCUCAUGCGGCCCAACCGCAAGUCGCAGGUCAACGUCAACCUCGAGUGCAAGAACAAGACGUUCGGCAAGCCCUCGAAGGAGCACGGCCUCGAGUACCCGGCGUUCAUGAGCGUCAACGACGGCUACCUCGUCGUCCAGAACUCGGAGAUCAUCAGCGGCGUGUUCGACAAGAGCACGGUCGGCGACGGCAACAAGAAGAGCGUGUUUGCCGUCAUCCAGCGCGACUUUGGCGCCGACGAGGCGGCCAAGUGCAUGAACCGCAUGGCCAAGCUCUGCGCUCGCUGGCUCGCCAACAAGGGCUUCUCGAUCGGCAUCAGCGACGUCACGCCGGGCGAGAACCUCAAGGCGCAGAAGAACGACCUCGUCGCCAAGGCGUACGCCUCGGCCGACAACAACAUCCGGCUCGCCGCCGCCAACAAGCUCGAGUGCCAGCCCGGCAGCAACGUCGAGCAGACGCUAGAGUCGGUCAUCUCGGGCGACCUGUCCCGGGUUCGCGACCAGGUCGGCGAGAUCUGCAUGGAGGAGUUGAGCCGCAACAACGCGCCGCUCAUCAUGGCCACCUGCGGGUCCAAGGGCUCCAAGAUCAACGUCUCGCAGAUGGUCGCCUGCGUCGGCCAGCAGAUCAUCGCCGGCAACCGUGUCCCGAACGGCUUCCAGGACCGCUCGCUCCCGCACUUCCCCAAGGGCGCCGUCGACCCGCUCGCCAAGGGCUUUGUGUCCAACUCGUUCUACUCGGGCCUGCGCGCGACCGAGUUCCUGUUCCACGCCAUCUCGGGUCGCGAGGGCCUCGUCGACACGGCCGUCAAGACAGCCGAGACGGGCUACAUGGCGCGCCGCCUCAUGAAGGCGCUCGAGGACCUGUCGUGCCGCUACGACCAGUCGGUCCGCAACGCGACGGGCGGCGUCGUCCAGUUCAUCUACGGCGACGACGGCCUCGACCCGGCCAACCUCGAGGGCGACGGCAAGCCCGUCGUGUUCGACCGCACGUGGUCGCACGCUCGCGCGCUCAAGCUCGACAACGCCGAGAAGGACGGCCUCUUGCCGUUCGAGAUCAGCGCCCUCGUCGACCACCGCCUCUCGACGCCCUACUUCACGACGGCGUGCUCCAAGACGUUCCUCGACGAGGUGCGCGAGUACGUCGACGUCAACAUCGUCCAGAAGGCGGCCGAGUACCGCGCGGCGUACGGCAUGCCUGAGGCGCUCAAGCCGCUCAAGCCGGGCGAGAGCCGCAACGGCUCGGCCACCCGGGCUCAGCUCGCCGCCGUCAACAACAAGACCAAGGUGACGGUCAAGCAGAUCGAGGAGUUCCUCCAGCUCUGCUGGACCAAGUACGUCAAGGCCAAGAUCGAGCCCGGUACCGCCGUCGGCGCCAUCGGCGCGCAGUCGAUCGGUGAGCCCGGCACGCAGAUGACGCUCAAGACGUUCCACUUUGCCGGUGUCGCCUCGAUGAACGUCACGCUCGGAGUGCCACGCAUCAAGGAGAUCAUCAACGCGGCCAAGACGAUCUCGACGCCCAUUAUCACGGCCAAGCUCGUCGAGAACAAGUCGGAGCAGGCGGCGCGCAUCGUCAAGGGCCGUGUCGAGAAGACGUUCCUCGGCGACAUCGCGUCCGUCAUCGCCGGCGUCUACAGCCAGGGCCAGCUCUACGUCUCGGUCCACAUCGACAUGCGCGCCAUUCGCGGUCUGCAGCUCGAGGUCACGCUUGACAGCAUCGCUGCGUCCAUCUCGAACGCGCCUCGCCUCAAGAUCAAGUCGGGCGACAUUACCGUCAAGAAGAAGACGAACGAGAUCCACAUCGUCGCGCUCCACAACGCCGAGGACAAGGUCCCGGCGUACAGGCGCAUGAUGUGGCUGCGUCGCGUCUUGCCCGGCAUCACGGUCAAGGGCGUGCACGGUCUGCAGCGCGCCGUCAUCCAGCAGAACAGCACGGGCGUCAAGGACCUGCUCGUCGAGGGCGAGGGCCUGCGCGAGGUCAUGACGACGGACGGUGUCAUCGGUCACCUGACGACGUCGAACCACGUCAUGGAGGUCGAGAAGGUGCUCGGUAUCGAGGCGGCGCGCAAGACCAUCAUCGGCCAGAUCCACUACACGAUGGACUCGCACGGCCUCGGCGUCGACCCUCGCCACCUCAUGCUCCUCGGCGACGUCAUGUGCUUCAAGGGCGAGGUCCUCGGCAUUACGCGGUUCGGCGUCGCCAAGAUGAAGGACAGCGUGCUCAUGCUCGCCUCGUUCGAGAAGACGACCGACCACCUGUUCAACGCGUCGUUCAACGCCCGGCGCGACCCGAUCCAGGGCGUGUCCGAGUGCAUCAUCCUCGGUUCGCCGGCCAACAACGUCGGGACGGCCAUGCCCGCGCUCGUGCAGGACAAGCCCAAGCUGCCGCCGCGGUACGAGACGGUGUUUGAGCGGGUCGAGCGGCGAGAGGGAGCGGCGGCGGGCAAGGGCGCCGGUGUCAAGGGCAAGGCGAGGACCUGAGCUUAUCGUCGGCGUACGGCUCGGGCGUGACGGUGGCGCAGGAUCCUCUUUCUCUCUCUCGCAGCAGCAGCUCCCCCUUUCCUCUCUUCGCAAUCACGUCAUGUUGUCCCACC